AUGUAUGCUCCUAUUGCCACGUUUUUGUUUGGCCUCGCCUUGGCAUCUCCCCUAAAUGCCAAGCGAGCUGGAAAGACACCUGUGUUUUUUUUAGCUGGGGAUUCAACCACAGCUACGAUUACUAGUGGUGGCGGAGGUUGGGGAGAUGGAUUCCUCUCCACUCUCAUAAAUGGAGCCACUGGCAUAAACUUCGGUCAUAAUGGAAGAACGACUGUGAGCUUUGUGCAGGGAGGAGAUUGGGCCAACGUUUUGAGUGCAGUAAAGAAUCAUACCGGAGUUUAUGAUCCUUAUGUUACAAUACAGUUCGGACAUAAUGAUCAAAAAGCGGCAGCGAAUAUAAGCAUCGCUCAGUUCUCCACCAAUCUGGCCAAUAUGGUUUCCGACGUCCACACCGCAGGCGGAACACCCAUCCUCAUCACUUCCCUCUCGCGCCGCAAUUACAACUCCUCCGGCCUCAUCAUUGAGAACCUAGCACCACAGGUAGCAGCCACAGUUUCCGUAGGCUCGAACACUAGUACCACGGUUCUGCACUUGAAUGAGGAGAGUACGAAGUAUUUGAAUGCUAUCGGGGAAGAGGAUGCGUAUGAGUAUAAUCGGGUGGAGGGUGAUUAUACACAUUUGAAUGUUGCGGGCCAGACGGUAUUUGGGAAUAUGGUGGGGUGGCUGUUGGAGAAGAGUGAUCUGCGUGCGAAGGUCGAGGGGUUCUUGGGGUUGAAUGGGACAAUUGUGAAGGAUAUUGAGGGUGGGGUGUUCAUUUUGCCAUGA